GGAUCCAUAAGUAGAAAUUUAACAGUAGAAAAAAAGAAACCUAAUACUGAAAACCUUAUUGAUUUAUGUAGCGAGAUACCAAUUAAUAAUACUAUAGCACUUAAUAAAAUUAAGAAAUCACCUGAUAUAAUGCCUUCACAUUCUCAAAUUAAAUCUUACAAUAUCCACCUUUCUACUGAAACACAAAAAAUAAGAGAAAACUAUUCUCUAAUAGAUUCUAGGGAAGUGAUAUUGCAAUCAAAUAUUGGUGGAGACAAUAUGAUUAAUAAAACUGAUAUGAGCAUAAAAACUCGAUCUAUCAAUCAUAUUACACAUUCUGUAGAAAUUCCUAUUGUUACUUCUGAUAUACAGAUAAAGAGAAAAAAACUAAGAUCUAAGACUAAUUGA